GUGUUUAUCCUUUUCCUCACACACCUGUUACAAUCCCCCCUCCCCUAAGAGGAUAAACCCGAAAUAGAAGUCUACAGAUCCAAAGAGAUUACGGAUUGUGUCCGAGUUCAAGAGGUGUCACUCAUGAAGCACGAUACGCCCGUCAUCGGGGUGGACCCCGGCGCCGCGUUGGAACGUGCGUUGCAGGAGGCCUACACAGCCGACGAGUGCAGAGACUGCACCACCGUCUCGCAGGAGAUAGAUGAAUUUGAGUCGCGUCUCGCCAGCGGGCGUGCCGUCCAUAGCCGGGACCGGAGCAAUGUCAAGGUCAGCCUAGGGAAGAGUAAAGGGAAGCCGCCUAUGAGAAUAACCCCGCCGUGCUGUCCCAGCACCAAAUUCCACACUUCACACCGCAAACCCUACGUCUCUGAGGCCGAUAUGCAAAAACAAGCGGAUGCCGAGCAGGAUAUCAAGGAUGUGCGGCUUCUUCGUAAUAUCGAUUCCUCAUCAGAUAACGAGAACGUGUAAAAAAAAUGCUGUUUGAUAUCUAUUAUUUACUCUGUCCUAGCAAGGGGAUGAAUAAUAGAAAUGCUGUAAAAUGUCUUUGAAUCAAUGCUUUCACACAUCCUCAAUGUAUUGAUAUAUUGUUGACCUGAAGUGCGCAUAAAAAAUGGAGAACUUCCAUGUUCCCCUUUUAUUCUACCAGAACGCAACUUUUCUAUACACUUUUAUCUUCCCUCGAAAAUGAUAGACAUAAAUAUGAUAGAAAGUUUUGGUCUUGUGCAUAGUUAAUUAUGUAUCGGUUCAUUUGGGUAAUAUUUUUUUAUUUUUGAUGUAUAUGUCAAAGUUAAGCAAGACAAUAUAGACAUAAUUCCUUUAGGUGUUUAUAUAUUAUGCUUUACAAGGUUCAACCCUCUCUUAAA